AUGCCUAUUCCUAAUACUCAAUCCCAAACACCGGCAGGCUUUGGGUUUCGCCGUCGUGUGCAGCCUACUUGCUACUGCUACACUGUGUGUCUUCGGCUGUCGAGCAGCAGGAAGUGGUUUACACUCCCAGGUGACAACCUUCUGUGCAGGUGCCUCUGCAUCUCCGUCACGUGUCUCUAUGUCUGGUUGACUCUUCUGUUCGUCUUCAUAAUUGUGCCGACUGUACUUGGAGUCUCUUUUGGCCUCCGCAGACUCUACAUGAGGACCCUUCUCAAGAUCUUUGAGUGGGCAACCUCACAAAUGGAGAAGGAAGCAAAGGAGAAGAAUCAACAACUCUAUAAACCCUAUAGCAAUGGAAUCAUAGCCAAAGAACAACCGUCGUCCUCGCAGCAGGAGAUCCUGGAGCUCCGAGGUUCUGCCGGCGGUCUGCCCUCAGAACCGGAGUUUGAGAUGGCGGACAUCUCCUUCUUCUGCCGGAGAGGCGUGGAGAGCAUCUUUGAUGACGAGGUGACGAAGCGCUUUUCGGCUCAGGAACUGGAGAGCUGGAACUUGCUGACUAGAAGCAACUACAACUUCUAUCACAUCAGUAUGAGACUCACUUUCCUGUGGGGCCUGGGAGUUCUCAUUCGCUACGGCGUCCUGCUGCCUUUCAGGGUUACUCUGGCGGUCACUGGCAUUAGUCUGCUUCUCGUCUUCACUACUUUGGUUGGCUUUUUACCAAAUAGAAAGUUAAGGUUCUAUCUCUGUGAGGAGGUUCAUCUGAUGUGUUACCGUAUCUGUGUGAGAGCUCUCGCAGCAAUCAUCACCUAUCACAACAGAGAGAACAAAGCAAAGACUGGCGGUAUCUGUGUGUCUAAUCACACAACGCCUAUUGAUGUCAUUAUCUUGGCCAAUGAUGGCUGCUACUCUGUGGUUGGCCAGGUGCAUGGAGGGUUGAUGGGAAUGAUCCAACAAGCCAUGGCCAAAUCAUCUCCUCAUAUCUGGUUUGAAAGUCAAAAAGUCAAAGACAGACACCUAGUGGCCAAAAGGCUAAGCGAUCAUGUUGCUGACAAAACGAAGCAGCACAUUCUGAUCUUCCCUGAAGGUACUUGCAUCAACAACACAUCAGUGAUGAUGUUUAAAAAGGGUUUCUUUGAAAUUGCCUGCACAGUCUAUCCAGUUGCCAUUAAGUACGACCCUCGGUUUGGGGAUGCUUUCUGGAACAGCAGUACGUUCGGCUUGGUGAUUUAUCUGCUGAGGAUGAUGAGCAGUUGGGCCAUUGUCUGCAGCGUUUGGUCCCUGCCGCCGAUGAACAGAGAGGUGAAACACCAACUCAACUUUAUAAAGAGAUAUGUUGCAUUCAUAGCUGCACAAGGAGGAUUAGUGGAUCUCAUUUGGGACGGAGGUCUGAAACGUGAAAAAGUAAAAGAUGCUUUUAAGGAAGAGCAGCAGAAACUUUACAGUCAAGUUCUUGUCGGUGAACGGGAAGUGGGGGACAAGAGUGACAACACACAUUUGGAGGAUGAAAAUCAAGAAGAGGAUAAAAGAAUCCAGCUUCAACAGAUGGACAUUGAGGACACAGUAAAUGUGUGACGCUAUAAAUACAGACCCUUACAUCUCAUACUGGGAAAUCUGGAAUACUUUGUAUUGUUAUUAAUUAUUGAAAUGUGAAUCUACAGAGGUGGAGCUUUAUGUUGAUUCUUAUGGUGACCUUUACUUAACUGAGUGAUAGAAAAAUGUUUUUAUAAUAAGAUAUUUAUUCACAUUGUUUUGUAUGAUGUAAAAUUAGGAGAAUGGUUACACUUACAGUAUAGGAAGCUCAAACAUGUAGAGACAUACAAAUGCUAAUAGGUCAGUUUGUCUUUAAACCAACUGUUUACAGACCAAAGUCCUUUACUGACCUCACUUUUCCUGCCUCCCUUUUCACUGCCACGUGAGCUUGUUGUUUAUCACAAUAAAACACUGACCUCUUUGUGAAUAAUUAGA